AUGUGUGAUGUGAUUAAACUGUGCGAGACAGAAGAAUUAAAAGAACUGUUCAUCAAAGAAUAUAAUGAAUAUCUCAAAUUUAUUAGGAAUAUAGAAUUGUAUUAUGAUAAGUUGGAAAUAAACUGGAAAAAAUUUCAUUUAUUUUAUGAACAGAAUAAAAAAGAUCCUUUCGAAUAUCAUAAAGAAAAAAAUAAACAUAAUAAAAUAAAAAAAGUGCAGAAUAAAAAAAAGAAUAUAAACAUAUAUUCUGAUUAUCAAUCUAUUGAAAAAUAUUUUAAAAUUAAUCAAGAAAAAGAUAUACAAAAUAAUUGUUAUUAUUAUAAAAAAUUUGAUUAUGAUAAGAAUUCAUUUAUUUUAUAUACAUUAAAAAAGAAUGUUACCAAUGCAGUGGAAUUAUAUUUAAAUAUCAAUAUAGAAAAAUUAAAUAAAAUAAAAAAUUAUUUAUUAAAUUAUAUAAAUGAUUUUUGUAAACGACAAAUAAAUCAAAUAAUUAAUCUUAUUAUCUUAUGUGAAAUAAAAUUAAAUAAUUUAUAUAUUAGUCAAAAAAAUCAUCAUAUAAAUAAUAAUAUAAAAACCAAACAUAUUCAUUUAAUUAAUAAUAUUAUUCAUUUUAAUCAACAAUUUAUUUUUGAAGUUACUAAAAAUUUAAUACCAUUCUUUACAAACUUUAAUAUUUUUUCAUCACCUCAUUAUUUUAAUUAUCAUUUUAAGUAUUUCCAUAAUUGUAUGGAAAUCAUCGGAGAAUAA